AUGGAAUCAAUGUUACAAGUCGUCUCCAUCGCGACUUCAGCUUUAUUCUUGACCUUGCUCCCGCUUAGGCUAAUGCAACUACGCGGCGAAGCGCGGAAAGUAUCUUCUGAGCAUCGUGGCCUGAACAAACUGAUAAUCGCCCUUGUGCUGAGCAUGCUUCAAUUGGCCGUUGUCACAACGGCCACAUUUUCGCCUUCCAGGAAUGAUAACAAACUCCAGCUUUUCUCUGCUGUUGCUUCUUUCUCGGCUUGCUUAGGUUUAGGCCCAUUGCUGGUCUUUGAACACAAUCGCUCCCUCAAGCCAUCCGACCUUGGAAUCGUCUACAUACUCGUAUCCUGGGGAUGCGACCUGGCUAUGUUCAGCGACACCGAGUAUAGGAAUACGGCCGUCAUUUUAAUUUCACCACGAAUCGCGAUCCCUUGCGUCAAAGCCGCACUUCUAUUCAUUGAGUGCCGCCGGAAGAGGCCGAUCCAGAGGGGCUCUUCCCAAACUCAAUGGUCACCGGAAGAGGUAGCCAACAUUCUGGACAGAGUCUUCUUCUGGUGGAUCAACCCUAUCUUGGCGCAGGGAAAUCGCCAUGUUCUUACCGGGGAGAAUCUGCCUCCACUGUGCCAGGAGUUAUCCUCAAAGCUGCUACGCCAGCAGGCCUUGCAGGCCUGGGAUCAGAGAGCAAAGCCAGAGGGGAGAACAACGUUGCCCAAAGUGCUCGCUCGGAGCAUGUUGCCGCAUUUCCUCGCCCCAGUGAUCCCUAGGCUUUUUCUGAUCAUUUUCCGUUACGCCCAGCCCAUACUCAUCACUACUGCAAUCCGGGUUUUGAGCCGUUCAUCGACGCAGUCCGCAGACACGGGCUAUGUGGUAGUUUUGAUGGCUGUUGCGAUAUAUGUCGGUUUGGCGGUAGCUCGAGCGGUCUAUUUUCACCUCUUGAAUCGCCUGAAGGUCAUGAUCCGAGGUGCCGUUGUUGGGCUGAUCAACAACAAAUCCUUCACUCAACAGUCAACAGGCCAUGACGACGGCAGGCCGGUCACAUUGAUGAGUACCGACGCUGAAAGUGUAGGACAAGCCGCUUCUAUGUUCCACGAGACUUGGGCGCAAGUCAUUGAAGUUUUAUUGGGUACAACGAUGCUAGCCCGCGAGGUCGGAUGGGUGUGUCUAGUGCCAUAUAUCAUCAUCUUUUUCUGUUCUCGAAUGAGUCGAUAUCUUGCAAAGAAUCUUCAAAGUAAGCAGAAAGCUUGGACUGAAGCAACGCAAAAAAGGCUCGCCAUGACCACUUCGAUGCUUGCAUCAAUGAAAAGUUUGAAAAUGCUCGGAAUAUCUUCCUACACGGAAUCUCUGGUGCGGUGGAUGAUGGUCGCAUACAAUGCAAGCGCAAAUGCUCUCGGAAUAUUUUCUCCGAUCGUCACCUUCGUACUUUUCGUCCUCGUCGCAAGCUUCCGGGGUUCAGUACUUGAUACGGAGACCGCUUUCACGACGACUGCACUGCUCGGUUUAAUAACACAUCCGGCAAAUAUGAUCAUGUCGAUUGUGCCACAAGCAGUCGGGUCUCUGGCGGCUUUCCAGAGAAUCCAAGACUACUUACUACAACCGCCCCGACAAGAUCAACGAGCCCUGUUGAAGCAGACAAAAGCUGGCCUCGGUACAACUCCACUAGCCGUUUGUAUCGAGAAUGUUGCCAUCCAAUCUCCCACUAUGUCUCCGAUUCUCACAAAUGUCAAUCUUACCAUUGCCCAAGGGUCACUUGUUGUUUGCUCUGGUCCAGUUGGAAGCGGGAAAACAACACUUCUCAAGUCUCUUAUGGGGGAGCUACCUAUCGCCAGCGGAUCAAUCUCAAUAUCGUCAAAGCGUAUCGGCUGCUGCGAACAGUUGCCUUGGCUCCCAAGCGGAACUCUCAAGCAAGCCGUCAUUGGCUUCUCCACGGCAGAUGAGCAGUGGUAUGAACAAGUCAUCCGCCUUUGCUGUCUUGAGGAGGACCUUUCAGUGCUGCCCAAGGGAAGCGACACGAUGAUCGGAAGCCGGGGCCUUAACCUCUCAGGAGGGCAGAGACAAAGAGUGGCUCUUGCUCGUGCUAUCUAUGCUCGAUGCGAACUUGUUCUCCUGGAUGACAGUUUCAGCGCUCUUGAUGGUAGCACCGAAAGCCGCAUUGUGAAGAAUCUUCUAAGCCCUGGAGGCUUUUUCAAAAGGACUGGUGUAACUGUCUUUCUCAUGACAAACUCUGCGACACACUUUCACCUAGCUGAUCGCUUGAUUCUCCUCAACAACGGCUCAGUCGCGUUUGAAGGGACAUGGGACGGCCUCACCAACGACCAAAAGCACGUUCUCAAAUUCACGAUCAACGAGGGUAAGAAGAACACUAUCGAGCAACAUGUCCAGAUGGACAAUGUAGUGCGCAGCAAAAGCCUGAAGGUAGAUGAAGCUGUCACUGAUCUCACCAGGGCUACUGGUGACAUGUCAUUGUAUGGUUACUAUCUACAGGCCGUUGGCCCCCGGAACCUACUUUUACUCAUCUUUUGCACUGCUUCAUACUCAUUGUUUGUCACCUUUCCUCAAUACUGGUUACAAAAAUGGACCGAGGCACCUGUCUCACAGACAAUGUUCUACAUCGGGGGCUACCUGAUUUCAUCCCUGCUGGCGUGGACUGCCACUAACGGGUCAAUGUGGUCUACUCAUAUUCUUAUCGCCCCCAAGUCAGGAGCCGAACUCCAUCGACGUCUUCUUUCGACUAUUAGCGGGGCCCCAUUGUCUUACUUCUCAACUACCGAUAACGGUGCAACUCUGAAUAGAUUCAGCCAAGAUAUCCAACUAGUGGACAAGAGUCUUCCGCCUGCCGUUCUGGCGAUCUCAAAUCAGAUUUUUAAGCUUCUGGUACAGAUUGGCUUGCUUUUUAGCGCACAGAAAAUGAUGGCAACAACACUUCCAUUGUGUAUGAUUGCGAUCUACCUGAUACAGAAGAUUUACUUGCGGACAUCCCGACAGUUACGGUUAUUGGACCUCGAGUCGCAGUCAGCAGUGUACUCAAGCUUUCUUGAAUCGGUCGAAGGUGUUACGACAAUCCGAGCUUUUGGUUGGGAGAAGAAAGCCGAGACUAGCAACAUUCAGUCCCUCGACAGAUCCCAACAACCAGCAUACGUUCUAUUUUGUCUCCAACAGUGGCUAGGGGUCGUCCUUGACCUUAUGAUUGCUGGGAUAGUGACUGGUCUAAUCACUCUCGCUAUAUUCCUCAAGGGGACAACAACAGCUGGUCAAAUAGGCAUGGCCCUGAAUAUCGUGAUCGUCGCCAAUAGCACUUUGCUUGGUCUUGUAACGUCCUGGACAAAUAUGGAGAUAUCUUUGGGUGCUAUAUCUCGUUUGAAAACUCUGGAAGCCAAUACUCCAAAAGAGGAAAAGCCAUAUGAAGAUUUUGUUCCCAACGAUAACUGGCCAUCUGCUGGGCGCGUCGAGUUUGAUAAUGUCACUGUCGCCUACAACUCCGACGCAAUCGCAUUGCAAAAUAUCGAUCUACAUAUCUCCUCUGGUGAUCAACUGAUGAUUUGUGGUCGUACUGGCAGUGGAAAGAGCACUCUGCUGCUUACACUUCUCCGGCUCUUGGAUUUGCAGUCUGGUAUCAUCAAGAUAGAUGGGGUCGAUUUGAGUCUAGUGCCUCGAAGCUUGAUCCGCCAAAGAUGCUUCGUCACCGUUACCCAAGACACCUUCGUUCUUGGCGAGGCUAGUCUUCGGUUUAAUCUGGACCCUUCCGGUUGUCUAUCAGACAGAGAUAUUGUGGCAGCUCUCAAACGAACUAAGAUGUGGUCGCAUUUCGAAGACGGAGGCUCUCCGCCGAGAAAAGUCCGCAAGAUUCUCGACAGCUCCAUUUCGUCUUUGAACCAGAUGUCCACCGGUCAGUCCCAGUUAUUCGCACUUUCAAGGGCGAUCCUUAGGCUACAAGCCCUUCGGAGCGAACAUGCCCUGCCUAGCCUUCGGUCUCAAGGCGAACCUACCAUGCCAAUGCCAAUUCUACUUCUUGACGAAGCCACGUCGUCGCUUGAUCCCGAGACCGAAGGUACUAUCCGUGAAAUUAUCUAUGAAGAGUUCAUUGGAAAAGGCCAUACGGUUAUUGGAAUCACACAUCGGCUGAGUGGUGUGACACGAAGUGUACAGUCGGACCGCAAUUUUGUGGCCGUGUUGUCUGAAGGAAAGAUAGAGAAACUUGGGAAGAUGGAUGAAAUCUUGAUGGAAUUGAGGGAUUUGGAGCUGUGA